GUGGGGACGUGUCUCUAGCGGCGCGGCUGGGGUUGGGUUGCUGCUGGGCGCCGGUAAGUGUCCAGCUGCUGGGUGGUCGCCUGCAGCUUGCGGAGCUCGCCAUGGCAGGCGUGGCGGAACAGCUGCGGAGGCGCAUUCGGGAGCUGGAGGACAGGCUGGCCCGGGAGACAGGAGGCGGCGGCGGCGGGGGGCAAACCCAGCGGGCGCGGAUCGAGAGGAUGAGCCCGGAGGUGACAGACUCCAAUCCGUACAGUCGCCUCAUGGCACUGAAAAGAAUGGGAAUUGUGAAAGAUUAUGAGAAAAUCCGUACCUUUGCAGUAGCAGUAGUAGGUGUGGGUGGAGUUGGCAGUGUAACUGCUGAAAUGUUGACAAGAUGUGGCAUUGGUAAGCUACUCCUGUUUGAUUAUGAUAAGGUGGAGCUGGCAAAUAUGAACAGGCUCUUUUUCCAACCCCAUCAGGCUGGGCUAAGUAAAGUACAAGCAGCAGAGCACACCUUGAGGAAGAUCAAUCCUGAUGUCCAGUUUGAAGUACAUAACUACAAUAUCACAACAGUGGAGAACUUUCAACACUUUAUGGAUAGGAUAAGCAAUGGUGGAUUAGAAGAUGGGAAACCUGUUGAUCUUAUAUUGAGCUGUGUGGAUAAUUUUGAAGCUCGCAUGGCAAUUAAUACAGCCUGUAAUGAACUUGGACAGAUAUGGAUGGAAUCUGGAGUGAGUGAGAAUGCCGUCUCUGGUCAUAUCCAACUUAUCAUACCUGGUGAAUCUGCUUGUUUUGCGUGUGCACCUCCUCUUGUUGUAGCAGCAAAUAUAGAUGAGAAGACCCUAAAGCGGGAGGGAGUUUGUGCUGCCAGUCUUCCCACCACUAUGGGAGUGGUUGCAGGCCUUCUUGUACAAAAUGUCCUUAAAUACCUAUUAAAUUUUGGCAAUGUGAGCUUUUACCUUGGAUACAAUGCGAUGCAGGAUUUUUUCCCGACCAUGGCAAUGAAGCCAAACCCACAGUGUGAUGAUCGAAACUGCAGAAAGCAGCAAGAAGAGUACAAGAAAAAAACAGCAGCAAAUCCAAAAGAAGUCGUCUGUGUAGAAGAAGAAGAAAUAGUACAUGAAGAUAAUGACUGGGGUAUAGAGCUGGUUUCAGAAGUUUCAGAAGAAGAGUUGAAAGCUGCUUCUGGUCCAGCUCCUGAUCUUCCGGAAGGAAUCACAUUGGCAUACACAAUACCAGUCAAGGAAGAGAAGUCUAUAGAUGAAGCACCUGUCACAGAUUCAGAGGAGAGUCUAGAAGAACUGAUGGCUAAGAUGAAGAGCAUGUGAUACAUUACAGACAUUAGUAGUUUAUACUGUAGUCCAAACACUUGAAGAUGAGUUAUGUAACCUGUUUGCUCUUACAACAUGAAUUUGAUCAUCUACUUAUUACUACUUAUUAAUAAUGUGACUUAAAAUGAUUGCAAACUUAGACUUUCAAGAAGAUGAGGGUCCAUGUUUCCAAUGAAACCUAAGGUAACAAGAAGACCAAUUCGGAAAAACAUAGCAGCCUUUUUAGACCACUUUAAAUGUGGACAAGUUUACUGAAGUGAAUGUUGUCUGGUAGUGCUACCAAUCAAGAAAGGCAGAAUUUUUAAAGAUGUCUGUUAGGAAAAGGAAAUUCUUCAAUAUUUGCUGUCGCCUUAAAUGUCAUCUUUAAUGUGCCAUCAUUAUUACUUGAAGAGUGUCAUACUGGCCUGUUCUUUGUCCAAACAGCUGUUUUGAGUAUACUUUGGUCGUUUUUAGCAAGCUACUCAUUUCUGUGUAUUUGGUGGACACUCCUUAUGUGUUUCUUGGUUUGAGAAUCAACAUUAUCAUGAUAUAGUUUGACAUGAGAUGAAAAACAGCAUGUAGUAAAAGCCAGAGCACUCUGCUACACUGGAGCUGAGCAGUAACAAAAAUCAUCCCCAUGGCAGCUCUUCAGAGCAGAAAAAAAAUUUUUUUUUACCAAGUUCGGUUAUCUGCCUGCAAGAUUACUUCUGAAUAAGUGUAUUGCCAUCUCUGUGUUGUGACAGUGAUCUAACCCAAAUGCUGUUGUUUGCUUACUCAACAUGUUUAAACUAUACAUUAUCAUGCAUGCAGCAAGUAUCAUUAUGAAAAGCUCCAAAAUGUCUCCAGUGAUUCCCUAAAUUGUCCAGGGUCAUGUGAUAUCCAAGCAGAGGCAUAAAGAAAGGUCAUAGGGCAAACUUGGAGAUAUCAAGACCCUUAAGAAAAGGACGUGUUUUGAUACUACAAGCAACUCCCUUUUCUGGCUUCCUUCUCUUAAAUUUUAAACAACUUUUGUUACUUUAGUAGUAUUUAUUUGUAUGUUUCGUUUUGAAUACAUACUUGAUAAAUUGGCCAUAAGCUGAAACAGAGAAGCAUGCUUAGAAUUAAUGGUAUUAAGUGUAUUUAACAAUUUUGUAUUGUGACUUUUUUGCCCACUUCCAAUAAACUAAGCUAUGUGGGCUGGAAGGAUGUUUUUAUAGCUGUUUGUAGACAUAUGCUGGGUGUUAAAGGAUGUAAAGUGACACUGAUGCUUAAAACUGUUGUGAGCCCUAAAUGAAAGCAAUUGGCAGUGAAUUACAUAUGUAAACAUCUGGAGCAGUACAAGAUUAGUUAAAGCUAAAAAGGCUUACACAGAAAGAACUUUAGGAAUGUUGAUACUUAGUGAAGUCUCUUGAGUUAUAGUGUGACUUAAGUUAUGAAUUUCUUAAAUGCACUGCACUAUAAGGGACUACUUACAGUGGUAUAUUCUGAGUUUAAAUAGGAUAACAGUUUUGCUUGAAAUUAAAUUAAUAACGAAGGGCCACUAACUAGCUUAUCCAUGACCAAUACUGUUAUAAAAUGCAAACGCUUUGCUAAAUGUAUUUUACAAAACCACAGUGGCAUGGAGGAAAGAGAUGGUGAACAUUUCAAAAAUGCUGUCACAUCACUGUAAUGUUUACUUUUAUUCUGAACCUGGAUCAUCUUACUGAUAAUGUUUUUUUUU